AUAUUAGUAUUAAGUGAAUACAGGUAGAGUUAACGUGUUUCCUCAAUUGCAGUGAAAUGUUAAAAGAUAAAUUGAAAAUUACUUGGAAAUUUUUUAUUUUUCAAACAUUGUUAGUAGUACAUUGUUGUUGUGAUUCAAGAACAGAAUCAAAUACGAUAAAAAAUGAACCUUUGUUUUUGACACCUCUGAUAAAGGCUGGGAAAAUUUCUGAAGCGCAAGAUGCGGCUAGAGUACAGAAUUUAGUGGUUUCUGAUCACAGUACAGCCAUCGUUAGUUUCAGUGGAUUUUUAACCGUACAACCAGAAUACAACUCCAAUUUAUUUUUCUGGUUUGUGCCAUGUCAGAACAAUCCACAGGAUAAACCUCUGAUAUUAUGGUUGCAAGGUGGUCCAGGUGAAUCGGCUCUAUAUGGCCUAUUCACUGAACAUGGCCCAUUCAAAAUUGAUUCGUCGUUGAAAAAGUUAAAUUAUAGGAACGAAUCAUGGACUACAACACAUUCUAUGCUUUACUUGGAUAGUCCUGUAGGUGCUGGAUUCAGCUUUACUGAAGGUGACAAUGGAUAUGCAAGAAAUGAGAAUGAUGUCGCAAGAAAUGUGUACGACGGUCUACUACAAUUUUUCAAACUAUUUCCAGAAUAUAGAGCAAGAGAUUUCUUUGUUGCUGGGGAAUCAUAUGGAGGUAAAUAUGUACCUGCCGUAUCUCACAAGAUCCAUAGUGAAAAUGAUCAAUUAGAUUCGUCAUCCGAAAAUCGUAUAAAUUUGAAAGGUCUGGCAAUGGGCAAUGCAUUUACCGAUCCAGUAACAACAAUAAAUUACGGCACAUUUUUGUAUGACUUGGGUCUGAUAGACUAUCACCAGCUACACUAUUUCAAACAAGAAGAGGAAAAGGCACGAAACUUAAUUAAAGAAGCGAAAUUUGUUGAAGCAUUCGAUACAAUGGACAAAUUAUUCUUAGGAUCGAAAAAUACAUCGAUACCGAGUUAUUUUACUCGAGCGACAGGAUACAACUCAGUCUAUAAUAUACUAAGAACGAAUGAUCCAGACGAUAUGCUCUACUUUAAAGAUGUGCUACAAAAUCAAGAUGAUGAUGAAAUCAUUAGACCAUUUAUACAUGUUGGUGAUCGUACAUUUCAGCACUUUGAUUUGGGCGGACCGGUUGCACAACACUUAGAAGAAGAUAUUUAUCAAAGUGUUAAGAAUCUGGUCGAAGAUUUGUUAAAUGCCAAAUGUCGGCAUAAUGUGCCAAAAUAUAAGAUCAUGUACUAUACCGGUGCACUAGAUGUGUGCGUUGGUGUACCGUUGAUAAACAAAUUGAUUGAAAAUUUAAAUGGAUGGGACAGACUGGAUACAUUUCAAGAGACACAAAAAGACAUUUGGUAUUUUGACAGAGAACAGAAAAUUAUUGCUGGAUAUUUUAAAUCGUAUUCUGGUUUAACACAUGCUGUUGUAAGAAAUGCUGGGCAUCGGGUACCUUACGAUCAACCAGAAUGGGCUUUGGACAUGAUCGGAAGAUUUACCAAUAAAUGAACCGGAUUUCGUGUACAAAAUGUUAUUUUAAUGUGAUGCCAAGUGAUUGUUGAAACAAUUCUU